AUGACGACUGCUGCGGUAGCAGGAAACGAAGAUACCCUGAACAAAAAUCUGCACGCGUCAGUGCAUGAAUUGUCUGAUCCGUUUGUCGACGAUCCGCAGCCCCGGCACUCGUCACAUGCCCACCGGUACUCCAGCCUGGUAGAUCCUGAAUCGAUUACGCUGGGCGCAAGCACGUCACCUUCUCAGGUCAAACGAAGUAUAGUUGCGCAUCUCGCCGAGACCGAGCGCCGUCUACAAGAUGCCCAAAAGCUUGGAGAGUCACUCUUGCUACAACAAUCACAGCUUACGGAGAAGUUGCGCGAAGUAGAAGAACAGCAGGGUGAUGCGGAAAUUUCGCCAGAGUUGCGACAACGACUGGCUGAUUUGGAGAGAGAACACAAUGAUGUCGGCAAAGAGAUAGCAAGAGCGCUGCUGGGUCCCAAAUCAAGAGCAGUCAGCGGCGAAGAAAAGCCUGGGUCUGAACAAUCCACCUUUUCAAGCCAGGCCACGGCGUCUCCAACCAAGGUAACAGCUCCCAGUCGCCGCCAACGAAAUCAGCCCAGCAAUCGUGCCGGGGACCUGCAAUUUGCAGCCGACAUCAGCACAUCGCUUCUAGCCCAAGUGAGACAAUUGCAGAGUGCCGUAGCCGAACGGGAUGAACUUCUGAAGCAGGUCAACGCUGAAAGAGACCGGUUGGAAGAGGACCAGCUUAUGUUUACUCAGCGUUUGCGUGCCCUCGACGAGAGUGAACAGAAAUACAAGGAUGAAAACUGGAAUCUCGAAACGCAGACGCAUGAGCUCCUUGCUGCGGCUCGCGAGGCUGCUGAUCGUGAGAAAAGACUCACCGCCAGUCUUGCAGCCACACUAGCGGAGAAAAAUCGUCUGCAAAGCGAAAUGGAUGAAACAAGACUGGCCCACGACAAAUUGGCUGAUGAACAUGCUACAGCCAAAAAGGCCCAUGAUUCCGAGUUACACACUCUCAAACGCACCAUAGAGUUGGGCGAUAGCGAUAGAGCGUCACUACAAACCAAGAUUGAUGAGUUGACAGCUCAGAACCACGAAUUGGCACGAGCUGUUGCUGCGCGCCUACGGGGCCAACAUCCCGACGCAGAGAUGUCUGCAACUCACGAGUAUGACGAGGAAUUCAACAACUAUGACGACCCAGAGAAUUCUCCCCCUCCUUCACCUACGAAAGCGACACCCAGGCACGGAGGUCUGGAGUCAGAGACUCUGAGAAGCUCGUUGCAUCACGCUCAUCGGAUGAUUCAGAAUCUGAAAAAUAACAUACACCGUGAAAAGACGGAAAAAAUUGAAUUGAAGCGAAUGCUACAGGAUGCCAGAGACGAACUUGAGCAACGACGUGGAGAUGGCUCACUAGGCAGUGGGAACAAGCGACAAAAGACCAAGUCGGAUGCUUUUAAGAAGCCAGCUCGGCUCGACAUGCUGGGAGGCAGCCGGCGCAUGCGCACCGAUGUGGAACUGGAGGAUGAUGAGUGGGAAGAUCAUCUUGUGGACACUCCAACUCACCACAAGCAUCUGACUUUGCCAAUCGCUACCGAAGGGCGUAUAACGGACGCAAGUGACGCAUAUCAGACCGCAAAUGAGACUGAGGGCGUCUUCGAUACGGCAGACGAGCGACAUGCAACGGAAAGCGAGGACUUCCAAACUGGAGCGGAAAGUCUGGCAGGCGACAGCACAGAUGAUUUGACCGAGACAGAAGACACAGCGUCUCAUAUCCGGCGAACAGGUCCUGGCCGAGCUCCUAAGCCGAGUCUCGCCUUCAAGCCUGCGGGUGAUAGGCAGUCUUACAUUAGCACGGCCUCCACGUCUGCUGGAGAAGACGAAGACGAGCUGAAGACUCCAGUUGUCGCUCAGUCACACAAAUUCCGUCUCAGGAAUGGGCGACAAUCUUUUGCUCGACAGUCAAGAGUGCCUACCGACAGCGCAGCUACACUUCUCCUGUCAGAUGCCAUAUCCCAAGAUUCGCCCGCCACUGUCACCAGCGAUCGCAGUCCACCGGCUGCUGAACAGAGCCUCUUUGCGGAGCUUGGUGAUUUUAAUGACGCCUCUAGUUUCGGCACCCCAGGUAGAAUCAGUAUAGCUUCUGCGACGUCUACUCCAGGUUUUACUACCUACACCCCGAGUGGGCAGGCUAUGCCUCAAGAACCAGCACAGAGCAUCGCGAAGAGGCCAAUGGUUGACUCUGGGAUGAUGACAGAACCAUGGAUACCAAAAGAAGAUCUUCCCAUACGGGCCCUUGUUGAUGCAGGGACAGUUAUGGAGCCGCCUUCUCCAGAUCGAGACAACUUACGAACACCGCUACCGUCAGACUUUCCCUUACCCCCCACGGUCCCGACCUCGCCUAUCAAACACAUUGACAACGGUACUCAAUAUACUCCUCAGAGAACUCUACAAGACAGUCCGGUGAGGAAUACAGCUUUCAUUACACCUCCUAAGACCGUGUGGGACGAAGCUCAGAAUUCCGAGUCAUUGCACUCGGAAAUUGAUCCCACUCAUCACCUCGAAACGCCUCGCCGAUUAGGUUAUUCGGGUCUUGUGAUGCACGACACUACCCCCAAGUCUCCUGAGAAUGUGAUUCCGUCUCCGCCAGAAGCGCCCAAGCUCCUUGGUUUCUCUACCAUCCAAUCACAAGCGACAGAGCCGAUCCAGGCGAUACCCCCGGUACAGCCUGUUAGUAUCGCGGCCUCGACGCAGGUAGACGAUCUCCCAACUGGUCUGACCACGUCGGAAAAAGUGGGCGCCACGGGUCUGCUCGCUUCAGCUGCUGCUGCCUUUGGAUUCGCAAAAUCCAAGGAAGCCCCUGCUCCCGUUAUCGCUGAGGACGAAACAAGUGAACCGGAGAAAUCUGCUAAUGACUUGCGGUCUAAGGAGACGCGCCCGUUGCAGGACGCUUCUGGUAACAGAGUCCCCAUCAGAACGGCCUCGCUACCCAAGUCCAAGCAGCUUGACCAAAUGGACAGCGCACCGUUGACCUCUAGCAAUGACCAAGGCUCGCAAACGCUCCUGACUGCCCGACAAAUUGAGGAGGCGCUUCGCCCCAAGAGCAGUAUCCCCGUGUUAUUGCCACCCAGCGGUAACGCGUCGGAGGUCAUUGCACGUCCUCUUGAUCCAUUGACGCCAGUGGAAGGAACUCAAGGCAACCAAAUGACAGCAAAUCAGAUGGAGGCUGGAAUUGCUCCCUCCGCUGCAGUCCCAUCCCCCAACAAGCGACUAUCAAUUGCAUUGGGCCAGCGGCGCCCUAGCAGUACGGCACCACAUCCACCUCUUCCACCUGACCAUAAAGCAGCAAUCGCAAAGGCUACAGGCCGAGUUGCGUCGCCUAGUCGAGAAGGAAGCGACUCUGACCAAGUGCUGACUGUUAUGGGACCGCCGGCAUACCCUGCGUCGGCAAUGCGGCGUCCAAAGACGCCGGGCGAGUCCAUACGGUCUCCUACUCGGGAGAGCAACGCGCCACGUACCUCUAAUGUUAGCCGCUCCCACCGUGGAACCGUCACUUCUGAACUGUCCCAUCGAUCAUCAGUGUCAUCUUUUGCCUCGGAAAUAGACGAACGGUUCAAUAUGCAUCCCCACGCGCAGGGUGUGCCUCACGGGCUCGGUACAGACCCAAGGAUUAUUCAAGCCAUUACCCAGACUAUGAUCGGCGAAUUCUUGUGGAAGUAUACGCGAAAAGCGGGCCGAGCAGAGAUGUCGGAGACACGCCAUCUCCGAUACUUCUGGGUGCAUCCUUAUACCAAAACUUUAUACUGGUCUGAUAAGGAUCCACAGACCGCAGGAAGGAAUGAGCUCAAGGCAAAGAGCGUCCUUAUACAAAGUGUUCAGGUUAUAGCCGAUAACAACCCGAUGCCACCUGGCCUUCACCGAAAGAGCCUCGAGGUCAUCACUCCGGGUCGACGCGUGCGGUUUACUGCGACUACCGGUCAGCGACAUGAGACUUGGUUCAAUGCGCUGAACUACUUGCUGCUCCGUGGCGAGGACGCAAAUCCUGGAACAUAUGCGGUUGCAGGAAACAGCAUUACUGGAGACGACCUGAACGAAUUCAACGUCAAUGCUGGGGGAUAUGGAGCCACACUUGUCCCUACUGGCAGUCGCAUGAGUCUGUCAAGCUACAAUUCCCGCACCACACGAGGCACCAGUUCUAAUCGAGCCUCGGCAGCUCAGCGACAGCCACCUCCGUUGGGCAGUGUCACCAGCACCAGUGCAUUACAUGCCCCUCAGAACUCCGUCACGACUCGGACUGCUCCUAACUCGGGCAUACGAAGGAGUCGAACCGAGCACUCUCAUGACGCUGACCAUGAGCGUACAGUCAGGGCGAGUAGUGUGAGCCGGUUCUCGCGCAUGAUUGGAUCAGUUACCGGACGGAGCCGCAGGAUGAGCGAGACGGCGAACGUCCACCCUACAAGCGGUGUGCGUAGCGAAGGUGGCAGUAUUUACGACGCCAGCAUAGUCACCGACGGACGCAUCGACUCGGCGGAAGAACUGCGGCGAGAAAUGCUCAGGCAAGAAGAAAUCGGGUUCGGUGGACUCGAGAACGUGAGGGCUUGUUGUGAUGGCAAGCAUGAUGUCUCCACGCUCAGUCACAGCCAUCGACAUGCCCCAGGACACGGACAUACCCAUCGAGCACUCAGUAUGAAUAUGAGCUUGCGUGGGACGGCUAGACGAGGCGGUCCCGGUGUAACGCCGGGAAGGCCGAUGGCGUCGACGGUGGCUGCAUCAUGGUCUGGCGUCAGUGCGACUCCGACGAGAUCCGGGACGACGGCGGAUACAUCGGCAUAA